GGAUUGAAAGUACGUAAACAAUCAAAAUGAUGACAACUAGCGAAAAAAUUGAAGUUUUUACAGAACCUAUUCUCGAUAAUUCUAUUGUUAGCUUGCAAGAACACACGUAUAAACCAUAUGGAUCUCCAAAAUUUCAAAAUUCCGACGAAAUUCGAAUUCCAGUUCAUUUUCAGGAUAUUAUUUUGGACAUAUCCGAAAGUUAUAUCUACAUUGAGGGCACAUUUGAGACUACCGACGCAACUAAAAAAUGUUAUUUAUCAAAUAAUUCACUAGCUUUCCUUUUUGAUGAAAUCCGAUACGAGAUGGGUGGUGAAAAAGUUGCAGCAGUCAGAAAACCUGGGAUAACUACAGCUUUAAAAACGAUGGUUUCCUUUGGUACCGCACAUACCAAACCGCUUCUAACAUGUGGCUGGGGUCUAAACGAAAAGAAACAAGAUAUUUUAGAUCUCUCCAGCAAUAUUUUUUCGGGUAAAUUACCUUUAAAAUAUUUAAUGGGUUUUGCCGAAGAUUACACAAAGGGAAUUUUUAAUGUAAAGCAGGAAUUGAUUAUAAUAAUCGCUCGUACCUUUAGCAAUUGCUAUAUUGGUGAAGUGGAAGCUAAUAUAAAAAUUAAUAAAAUUGAGUGGAAAAUUCGCCAUAUAAUCCCAGAAGAUCGACAAAAACUUAAAAUAUUGUCUCGUAUCAAUAAAGGUAGUAAUAGUGCAAAUAUUCAUAUGACUUUUCGAACGUGGGACCUUUACGAACUGCCUGCUUUAAGAGAGACUUCGUCAGAUGUUUGGGCCAUUAGAACUAGCACAAGUUUGGAGAAACCUCGUUAUAUUAUCAUCGGAUUUCAAGAUAAUAAUAAUUCGGAAAAUUUUAAGAAUAACGCAACCCAGUUUACUUCUGCCAACGUUAGUGAUAUUAGAGUGUAUCUUAACUCAACUGUUUUCCCUUACGAGAGAUGGAACCUAGAUUUUACAAAAAAACUGUACGCUGCAGCCUAUUACAAUUAUGAAAAUUUCCAAAGAAGCUAUUAUGGACGCGAAUUUAAUGAUCCUAUGAUGCAUUUCGGCGAAUACACAAAAAAUCCAGUAUUCCUAGUCGAUUGCGUUCACCAGACAGAGAAUGUGAAAUCUUCAACCGUAGAUGUGAAAAUCGAGUUCCAAACACGAGAUAGCAAAUUUCCAAAAGACACAAAAGUAUACGCCUUAAUAAUACAUGACUCAAUAAUUAAUUAUAAUAUUUUAAAUGGUUCGGUGUCGAACCAAUCUGUAUUCUAAUGUUAAGGAAUAAUUUUUUGACACAAAAAAAAAAUAAUGUUUUAAUAGUGCAUUAUUGUUAUUUUAAUUAUAACAUUUUACAUUGUUCGAGUUCGACCAAGUUGUAUUUUAACUUUAAGGUUUACUGUUUUACACGAUAAUUUUUUUAUAUGAUAUAUUAAAUAGUUCGGUGUCGAAUAAACCUGUUUUUUAAUUUUAAGUUGUUUUUAAUUAUCGAUCUAGUGUCUAGUAAAAAGUUUUAUUAAAAUAAAUAGAUAUAUAAAUACAUUUGGUUUUUAUUCUUUUUUUUUAUAAUUCUUAUUGUGGUUCUAAAAAGAACCGAUUUUAUUAUAUCUAGUGGAUCGACGAUUAUUUAUGGGGUAGUUGAGUCUGCUUCUCCAUCGUCAUCAUCAUCCUCAACGAUUUCUGGAACCCACAUCCAAGAGCUGUCAGCUGGUCCAGCUAAUUCGUCCGGUGGUUGACAUGGAGUCCACCAACUUGAGGAAUCAGGUAAAGUGUCCUCCUCCGAAUCGGUUUCUUGAUUGUAUUCUUCCAAGUCAAUCUCGAUGCGUUGACCUUCCUCAAAAAAUUCGGUUUCUUCCGAGGAAUUCGAGUCGGGUGACGCUGGGCGCUCCACUCUUUCAGUUUCUAGACUGAAUACAAACGAAGAGGAAUCUGACAUGAUGGUUACUGAUCCCAAGAAUGUGAGCUUUGAGCUAUUUAUUUCCCGAACAGUGUUGCCGUUUCACAAAUAUUUUCCGAAAAAAUACUUAACAAACAUGCGCAUAAUAAUUUAGUUAUAUUUAGUUAUAUUAAUAAAUUUAGUUAUAUUUAUACAGCUUUUUUUUACUAAUAAAAAAAAAAAAAGUUUUACGAUCAAGUAGGCUUUGAACCCCCACGAAAAUCGUGUCAUUGUCGGUCAAAAAAAAAAAAAAAAGGUUCGGUUCGACAUUGUCCCAUUUUUACAACAGAUAAGAACCACCCGUUGGCCAGGUGUUUCAGUUUCAAAAGAAUAUUUACCUGUGCGAAGAGAAUGUGAUAAGUGGAUAAGAUGGUACUUAAGCUACUGAAUUUUCAAAGCUUACUUCGACGUUAAUCAAUUUUACAACAGGGAAGGACCACCCGUCGGGCAGGUGUUUGCGAGGGUGGAUAUCAAUCAGUUUACAAAGGGGUGGAAUAUUGGCAGCGGUCGUCCCAACUCUACCUUGAAAAUACUGUCAUUGUCGGUCAAAAAAAAAAGGUUCGGUUCGACAUUGACCCAUUUUUUACAACAGAUAAGAACCACCCGUUGGCCAGGUAUUUCAGUUUCAAAAGAAUAGUUACCUGUGCGAAGAGAAUGUGAUAAGUGGAUAAGAUGGUACUUAAGCUACUGAAUGUUCAAAGCUUACUUCGACGUUAAUCAAUUUUACAACAGGGAAGGACCACCCGUCGGGCAGGUGUUUGCGAGGGUGGAUUGUCAGCCAAAAAAAAAAAAGGUUCGGUUCGUUAUCGACCCAUUUUACAACAGAGAACGUUUUCAGGUGUGCCAGAUGUUUCAGUUUCAAAAGAAUAUUUACAUCGGCGUAGAUAAUGUGGGAAGUUGGUACUAAAAGGAUACUUAAGCUACUGAUUUUUCAAAAUUUGGUUCAACGUCAAUCAAUCAAUUUUACAAUAGACUUAGCUGGACACAAGGCUGACGUUAUGGCCCACGCAAAACAAUACUGAUCCAUGUUUCUGACAUUGACAACGGCUUCUUUUCUCCGAAUGGGAGUUGGCAACUCAACGAAUGAAGAUCCACCGAUAGGGUUAAACUUGUUAACGUUAAUUUCUAAGUACAUAAUUUUUUGUAAGGCCCAACCUAAAAUAAACUGAAAUAUUAUUCUCUA